AGUGCUGAGGAGCCAGAGUCGCCGCCGGGUUGCCAGACGCUGGAAUGGGUGGUCUCCCGAUACACACCACCAUCUUUCUUGCGCUCGGGAAGCUUGGGGCUCGGCGGCUCCCAGAGGCUACGGCGGCGGCUCUGGCGAGACGGGAAUAGGCAAGUCAAGAGGCUGAAAAAUCUGAAGCAUGUUUCCAAAGAGCAACCUGACAGUCACUUGCUGGGUAUGGAGUGGCAUGAGGAAGCUCUUUCUAUUGCUUUCUCUCUUGCUGUCCCAUGCAGCUCAUUUGGAAUGCAAAAAGGAUAACCAGUUCAUCUGGAAACCAGGUCCCUGGGGAAGGUGUACAGGAGACUGUGGUCCCGGAGGAGUCCAGAGUCGCGCAGUGUGGUGUUUUCAUGUUGAAGGGUGGACAAGUCACCUGUCUAACUGUGGUGAGAGCAACAGGCCUCCAAAGGAAAGAAGUUGUUUCCGAGUCUGUGACUGGCACAGUGACCUCUUUCAGUGGGAGGUUUCUGACUGGCACCACUGUGUGCUCGUUCCUUACGCUCACGGCGAAGUCAAGCCUCGGACUGCAGAGUGUGUGACGGCUCAGCAUGGACUGCAGCACCGGACGGUGCGCUGCAUUCAGAAGUUGAACCGAACUAUGGUUGCAAAUGAAAUAUGCGAACACUUUGCCCCUCAGCCUCCUACAGAACAAGCUUGCCUCAUUCCUUGUCCCCGGGAUUGUGUGGUAUCUGAGUUCCUACCAUGGUCCAACUGUAGCGAGGGAUGUGGGAAGAAAUUGCAGCAUAGAACUCGCGCAGUCAUAGCUCCUCCUCUCUUUGGCGGUUUGCAGUGUCCAAAUUUGACUGAGUCAAGAGCCUGUGAAGCUCCCACUUCCUGUCCUCUUGGGGAAGAGGAAUAUACAUUUAGCCUUAAGGUUGGACCAUGGAGUAAAUGCAGACUGCCUCAUCUUAAAGAAAUUAAUCCAAGUGGAAGAACUGUUCUGGAUUUUAACUCUGAUUCAAAUGAGCGAGUCACCUUUAAACAUCAAAGUUACAAAGCACAUCAUCAUUCGAAGUCUUGGGCAAUAGAGAUAGGUUAUCAAACCCGGCAGGUUUGGUGUACAAGAAGUGAUGGACAAAAUGCUAUGUUAAGCCUUUGCACGCAAGACUCCUUCCCACUGACUGUUCGGUCCUGCAUCAUGCCCAAAGACUGUGAAACCUCCGAGUGGUCCUCCUGGAGCCCCUGCUCCAAGACAUGCCAUUCAGGGAGUCUCUUGCCAGGAUUUAGGAGCAGGAGCCGGAACGUGAAGCACAUUGCUCUUGGAGGUGGAAAGGAGUGCCCUGAACUUCUUGAGAAAGAAGCCUGCAUUGUUGAAGGAGAACUUCUGCAGCAAUGUCCCAGGUAUUCCUGGAGAACCUCUGAAUGGAAAGAAUGCCAAGUCUCUCUCCUCCUCGAGCAGCAGGAUCCCCACUGGCAUGUGACGGGACCCGUGUGUGGCGGUGGGAUCCAGACCCGGGAGGUGUACUGUACCCAGAGCGUACCAGCAGCUGCCGCACUGAGGGCCAAGGAAGUCUCUAGACCUGUGGAAAAGACAUUAUGUGUGGGACCUGCCCCGUUGCCCUCUCAGCUCUGCAAUAACCCUUGCUCUACGGACUGCAUAGUAUCUUCCUGGUCAGCCUGGGGCUUGUGCAUCCAUGAAAACUGCCGUGAUCCUCAGGGGAAAAAAGGAUUUAGAACGAGGCAGCGCCAUGUCCUCAUGGAAUCUACAGGACCUGCAGGACAUUGCCCUCAUUUGGUGGAGUCUGUUCCUUGUGAGGAUCCAACAUGCUACCGAUGGCUGGCAUCAGAAGGGAUCUGUUUCCCUGAUCAUGGAAAAUGUGGCCUGGGACAUCGCAUUCUGAAGGCCAUCUGCCAGAAUGACCACGGAGAAGAGGUAUCAGGGAGUCUUUGCCCAGUACCACCUCCUCCUGAGAGGAAGGCUUGUGAAAUUCCCUGCCGAAUGGACUGUGUGGUGAGCGAGUGGAUGGAGUGGUCAUCCUGUUCCCAGUCCUGUUCAAAUAAAAACUCAGAUGGGAAACAGACCAGGUCAAGAACUAUCCUGGCACUGGCUGGGGAAGGUGGAAAGCCAUGUCCCCCUAGUCAGGCUCUCCAAGAGCAUCGUUUGUGUAAUGACCAUUCCUGUAUGCAACUUUACUGGGAGACAUCACCUUGGGGCCCUUGUUCUGAGGACACAUUGGUAACUGCCCUUAAUGCAACCAUUGGCUGGAAUGGAGAAGCCACGUGUGGUGUAGGCAUUCAGACUCGGAGGGUCUUCUGUGUCAAGAGUCAUGUGGGACAAGUGAUGACCAAAAGAUGUCCAGAUUCUACUCGACCUGAAACCGUGCGCCCCUGUUUUCUCCCAUGCAAAAAAGACUGUAUUGUGACUGCUUUCAGUGAGUGGACACCCUGUCCAAGGAUGUGCCAAGCAGGAAAUGCCACAAUAAAACAGUCUCGAUACAGAAUCAUCAUCCAAGAAGCAGCCAAUGGAGGCCAGGAAUGCCCAGAUACCUUAUAUGAGGAGAGAGAGUGUGAAGAUGUCUACUUGUGUCCUAUAUAUCGGUAA